UUGAAUGUUUUUUUUGUUCAUUUGUCGAUGAUAGAAACAUCAGCAAAAAACUAAACUAAGAAAAAAAUAUCAGAAUCUGUCAUAAGACUAGUAUAGUGUGUUUAUCGUCGUCGUGGUUGUUUAUAUCAAUUGAUUUUGUAUAACUAACACACACACACAAACGCACCAGAUAAAUAGAUUUGAUAGAUUGAAUUUGCGUGCGUUUGCAUAAUACGAUACGAUAAAAAAAAUAUCAGAAUCCAAUCAAAUCAAAAAAUAGAAAUGUCCCGAUAUUUUCGUCCACUUACUGGUGAUCCAUUUUGGGAUUCAUUUUGGACAUCGGAACGUUCAUUUUUCGAUACACAUUUUGGUUCAACAUUGACUGAAGAGGAUUUUUUUCCAUCCAAUUAUUUUGUUCGUCGUCGUCCACUUGGUGCUCCGAGAAGUCCAUUGAUUGCACCACAUUCACCGAUAGUGCCAAGUCAAAUGCAUACAUUAGAUCAGGCAUAUGGUGGUGGACGAACUGGUGGUGUUGGAAAUUUACAACAAGGAAAUGCUGUUGCUGGUGUCGGUGGUGGCCAAAUGGUCGGUGAUCUGAUUCCAGCCAAUGAUAAAUAUCAGAUCAUGGUUGAUGUGUCACAUUUUAAUCCGGAAGAAAUAUCUGUUAAAAUGGUCGAUAAUGCUGUUAUUGUUACUGGUAAACAUGAAGAUAAAGCAGAUAAUUAUGGUUAUGUAUCGAGACAAUUUUCACGAAAAUAUCUUUUACCAGCUGAUGUUGAACCAGAAUCGGUAACAUCAACAUUAUCGGCUGAUGGUAUACUUAGUAUACAAGCACCACGUAAACCAUUACAGAUUACUGAUGAUACAGCUGGACGUAGUGUGCCGAUUGCUAUUAGUAAUCAAAGUUUAUCACCGGCUUUGAAUCUAGUUCCACCACAAUUUCCUUCGGCAGCUGUUCAACAACCAUCAGCAACAACAACAACAAUGCCAAUGAGUAAUGUUGGUUCAUCUGGUACAAGUAGUACAAUAACUGUUGAACAACAAACAAGUACGGCAAAAAUGGCCAACCAAGGUCAAGGCUCAUUGAAUGUUGACAAUAUCGCCGGUAUGAAUAUACCGGUCGUACAUCAGCAGCAGCAACAGCCAGCACCACCCACACAACAGCAACAAUCAUCAGCACAGGCACCGCCACCACCACCACCACCGCCGUCCACACAAUAACGGAUUCUAUUCAAAUUGAAUCAGAACAAAAACAAAAUCCACAUGAAAAAAUUGAUUGAAUUUUACUUUCAAAUUUUUAAAUAAUGCAACAAAAAAACGAUGAAAUUGAUGAAAUUUUCAAAUUUGCUUUUCCUUUCCUUCUAUUUUGUGUUUUAUGUGUCCUAUUAUUAUUCUUCUAUUUCCUUGUUGCUUUAUUUUUGUUUUUUGUUUUUUCUUUGGAUGAAUGAAUGCAUGCUAAAAUAAAAUUGAUUGACUUGACACACCAAAUGGAAAAAAAACGUUUAUCAAUACACUACAAAUAUAAUUAUUUUAUGAGGUAAACAAACAAACAAAAACAAAAAAUUUCAAAAUAAAAUAAAAAAUCGCAAUUUCAAGACAUUCAA